AUGACUCGGCUUAGACUUUUCAGGCUUCUAGCUCGACCUCAAUUGAAAAGGGUAUCUCAUUUGCAAACUCUACCACACUACCACUUCAGGCGACUAAUAUCACAGGAUUCAGAGCUGUCUAGACCAAAUAAGAAGACCUCCGAUGGAUCUGAACACUUCUUUGGAGGAGUCUUUAUCGGUGCCGGAGCAGUUCUGACGGUGUUAUUCUACUCCGACGGCCUCUCCUUGCUCGGAAAUGCACCGGAAGCCACAAAUUCUACAACACCGCUUGCUUCCCUCACAGCUCCGUCAUACAACCUAUCCGACAAGAACAUCCAUGAUGCCAAGAACGAGUUUAUCGCUCUCUUGGGCAAGGACGGCAUAGACGACGAUCUGGGUGCUCGAAUAUCACGAUCUAGCACCGAUUGGUCCCCCGCCCCCCGUGGCGAUCUCGACAGACCAUGCCUUAUUGUCUACCCUACGACAACGGAGGAUGUGAGCAAUAUCGUGAAGAUCUGUCAUCAUCGGCGAAUUCCCGUUAUCGGUUUCGGAGGCGGGACAAGUCUCGAAUCCACACUCGCUGCGAUCCACGGCGAGGUCUGCAUUGACUUUCGACGCAUGAACAAGGUCAUUGAAGUCCACGACAAGGAUCUGGAUGUUAUUGUCCAGCCAGGUGUCGGCUACGUCGAGUUGAACGAGAUGCUUGGUAAAGUGGGUCUAUUCUUUCCUCCGGAUCCAGGACCAGGGGCGCAGAUCGGCGGCAUGAUCUCCCAGGGAUGCUCCGGCACAUCCGCGUAUCGCUAUGGUACAGUCAAAGAUUGGGUGAUAGGCUUGACGGUGGUUCUGGCCGAUGGCACGGUGAUCAAAACGAGAAGGAGGCCGAAGAAAUCCUCGGCCGGUUACGAUCUUACGAGAUUGUUUGUCGGCUCGGAGGGCACCUUGGGUUUAGUUACGGAAGCUACUCUGAAGUUGACGAACAAGCCCGAGAACGUCAGAGUGGCGGUCGCCGCUUUCCCAUCCAACCACGACGCUGUCAAUGCUGCUGUCAAGAUUGUCCAGAAGGGUGUACCCGUUGGUGCUCUCGAACUGCUCGACGGAAUCUCGAUGAAGGCCAUCAACAAUUCUGGUUACUGCGUGAAAGAUUUUAAGGAGGCGCCUUCGCUGUUCCUCAAGUUCUCUGGAAGCGAGAACGUGGUACAGGAACAGAUCCAACAAGUUCGUGCUCUCUCCAAGGAGUCAAAUUGUCUCAGUUUCCAGUUCGGCAAAGACGAAGCCGAAUCCGAUGCGUUUUGGCACGCGCGGAAAACUAUGCUGUGGAGCCUGAUGACAUUGAAGCGGAACCCUGGCGACAAGUUCAUUGGUACAGACAAUGCCGUUCCGAUCUCUCGAUUAGCAGAUAUCAUUGACAUUACGAAUCGAAAGAUCCAGGAGAGUGGUCUGGUAGGAGCAUGUUGUGGUCAUGUUGGAGACGGAAACGUCCACGCAGCUAUAUUCUACGACGAGGUCGAAAAAGAGAAGGCAGAGAAGAUCGUACUGGAAGUUGAAAGACUAGGGAUCGAAAUGGACGGCACUAUUACCGGCGAGCAUGGCAUCGGCCUCGAAAAGCGCGAUAGACUCGUCGACGAACUGGGCAAGGACAGCGUUGAUACUAUGCGAAGACUCAAGCUCGCACUAGAUCCUUUGUGCCUCCUUAACCCUCAGAAGGUGGUGCGUUUAACGACAAACACCCGUCUGUGA